AUGACGUCGCCACUUCCACAACAACAAGAAGCUGAAAAACAAGGAAGUGGACGAUUGUGUGAAACCGUAACCUGUAAUAAGGCCGUGACAAGAUACGCAGAGCUCCGUUCCGUCUGUUAUUCCUCAUCCUCCGGACCAGUCCACAACAAUGAACAACAAAGGUUCAUAUCCACAGCAGUCUGUGUACCCUCAGCAGAGCUCUGCACCUGCGUACCCUCCUGCUAUGCAAAUGUCCCCUCAGGCACCUCCUUACACGGACACACCACCUGCAUAUUCUGAGAUAUACCAGCCCAGAUAUGUGCUUCCACAUCAGGUGCCUGGUCAGGUGCCUCAGAUGUCCUCUCCCUAUGCUGGUGCUCAGAUGUUUAUGCCCAUGCAGGCACCCAUGCAAGUUGGACCCGUGGGCCAGAAUGUCCCCAUGGCUUACUACACCAUGGGAGCAGUGUACCCGCCCGGUUCAACAGUGAUGGUGGACAGCGGCUUCGAUGCUGGCGCUCGCUUCACAGCCGGCAGCAGCGUUUCCAUCCCACCCCCUCCUCCUGGACACCCACCCAAUGCAGCUCAGCUGGCUGCCAUGCAGGGUGCCAAUGUUGUAAUGCCACAGCGCAAGAACAACUUCUUCCUGGGUGGAUCCAGUGGAGGUUAUACCAUCUGGUAACAGCAACUCCUCGACUUUUCCUUCAUGCCUAAUCCGUAUCCCCAUCCCAGAUGAUGCCCCAGUUCUCCCCCCCCCCACCCCAUAUGCCUCCCUCUUCAGGCUGCUUGGCCAUGCCACAAUACUGAUAUCACCUAACGGAAUGUAAUAUUUUAGAGCCCUUUGUGAAAGGUACAGUACUCCACUUGUAACCUAGAGAUCAGUGAUAAUUGCCACUGCCUGGAGAGGACAAAUGAAAAUUUUUAAUGUUGUAGAAAGCAUUCCAUAAUUCCUCAUUGGGUCGAAAUUGUUUGCUCAUACCAGAUUGGACUUCUUUCAGGCGUCGGUUGUAUUUGUUCGAGAGACCUCCUUUGAUCGAACGGUCACAAAUUACAUAGAAAUGUUCUUGUAUUCCUGUAAAACUACGUAAAUGAAAUGUUGAAAUAUCCGACCCGCGUUAUAUAGUUUAGCCCGCUUAAUGUUGAAAGUGAAACGCAGUUAUAAAGUUGCAGUAAAAAAAAAAAAAAAAAAGAAAUCUCCACUUGUCUUUUUUGAAAACUUUUAGUGUAGUUAAAUUAAUAGGUGUGUAUUAGUCCCUUGUAAAUACAAGUAUGAUGAACCUGAGAAACAAUCUCAACUAUUAAAAAAAAAAAAAAGAAAAAGAAAAAAAAAGAUCAGCAUCCUGGAUGCUCUUAGCUAGAAUUGUCUUGUCUUUUGCACAGUAUCUAAAAUACCACGGCAAAUUUAGUUGCACAGUGAACUGUCUAUUGGACAGAUUGUUCUAUUUAAAUCACGUGUAAAUUAAGUGAAUUAAAGCGAGAGAGAAAAAAAAAAGUAACAUUUCAAGAAAUUAUUAAAUGCAAUAUCUAAAGUGGUUUACUGUACCUUGUUGGGCAACUUGUAGAUGAACAUAGUGAAGUGCCAAAGAGCACUGGGGAUAGCCCUAAAUUAAAGCAAAUUAACUUCAGUAAACUUAAAGGAAAGAAAUUUUAAAGUAAAUCCAAAUAGUAAGAUGAACGGGAAGGGGUGGUUGGUGUAACAUUUGAGCUUUUUUUUUUUUUUUUUCCUUUUUGUCUCCUGUUGUUUCUAUUUCACAGUCGGAUACCCAGAGUUUAUACACUAAAUGUUUUCUUGCACAGAUUUCUAGAAGCACCCUCCUCAUUCACCUUUCGCAUAGUUUCAUUUAGCGUCAUCAUGUAGUCCUCACAACAGAAAAAUGUCACCUUUUAAGAUAGCGUUAGAUUGUAGUCAAGAAUUUCAGUGAGACUGAGGAGACACCAUUUAAUGUGCCAGUGUUUCUGUUCUGCGUUCAUUACUUUUACACAUUUAAAUGAUUAUGCUGAGUAGUUAGACUUAUAAAUUUGUUAGUAUAACCAAUGAGCUGGUUGUACCAAAGAUCUGGUCUACAACGCACUUAAUGUUUGGUUGUGACUUGGAAAAAUUUAAGUGUCGCAAUUUAAAAGCAAACAUAUCUUUGAUUAAGGAGGCUGUGACGCUGUCGGCCCGUUCAGCCCCGAACGGCUGCGGCCGUUAAUGUGUCGGUGUCACUCUGCGUGGGUAAAUUGCAUCUUUGAGUUGCCGCAUACGUUUGCACCGUUUUUAUGUACAAAUUUGAUAAAGAUACUUUUUAUCUGAAAUGCACUGCAAAGCAAACCUGAGAAGUUGCAGACAAGGGGCUACUCUCUCUUUCGUGUGUUUUUAAAGAAAGCUGUGACAUUUUUGAACAUUUUUAGAUCCAUUUUAAACGUAGUUCAUUUUCAAAUAACGUCGAGACGUGUCGUGUGGUUCAGUAGCCUGCGAGUGUAUGCAAACCUUUUGCUAAAGAGGCUAUAUGACUGUCAGCAUAAUUCUUAUGUGCCGUUGAUCAAAUUCAUUUACUCAAUGCACGAAUUUAAAUGAGGCAUCUGGCGCCUGAAAAGUUGCCAGCAUGGAUACCUUCGACUAAUAUUUGUAGAUUCAUUUGUUUUGGUGUCAAUGUGUCACUGGGUAUCCGACAUACCAUAUCAGGUUUUAACAGCUGUGGCCACCAGAAAGUUAAGGCUGUCGCUGUCAACCCCAUGUUUAGUGAUUCCAGUGCUGUUUGAGUCAGAAAGACCAUCUGUCUGGGAGCUGCUUCAUUCACGCGACGGGCCUCGUCCACGCAACUCACACACAAAUCUGUUAAAUCAGUAAUGACUGACCUGACGUGUCAAGUGUUUUUUGAUUUCUUCCCGCUCAGGCUGUGAUUUCAUACGGCUUCGCUGGGAAAACAGGCCACAGCUAUUAAAACUUAAAGACUGUAAUUCAAAUAACUGUCUACUUUUUUUUUUUUCCAUCUCUGCUCUGAUUGUUUUUAAAGCAGCAUUAACAGUGGCUCUGUCUCAGCAAUAUGAAGUACUGUAAACCACAGCUGACCAGUAGAUGCUAUGCCAACCACAGCCAACAAAUGGAUCACUCUUGGUAGAAGGAUUAUGGACAUUUAUAGUUCAGGGAUUCUCUUUACAAUAUUUUGUAAAAAAAAAAGAAAAAAAUAGAUGUAUGUACUAAAGUGAUGUGAUGGACUUUGGUACACAUUCUAUCUUUUAAGAUUACUAAAGGAGAUGAGUGUCACUACAGUUUGCUGAGACAUGUCAAAGGUGGAAUACUUUGAAAAAAAAAAGAACUUAGGUGCACUUAACUUUUUUAUACUAAACUUAAAAUUUAAAAUGUAAGUUUAGAAUAAAGGUUAUUUUGGAAAUUUGAAA